AUUAAAAGUAAGUAAUUCUUCGGAAUCACAAGCUGAACGACGUCGUAUAUGUUGUUGCUUACGCUUUAUUUUUGGCCUGUAACUAAAUCUGAAUCGGAGCCGACGAAGAAGAACCCUCCACUUCAAUUCUCACGGUUCCACUAACAUGUCGGCGCUGUUCAAUUUCCAUUCAUUUCUGACGGUGGUUUUGUUGGUAAUAUGCACGUGCACUUUCUUGAAGAUGCAGUUUCCUACCAUCCUUGAACAGAAAACAGGAUUUCGGGGAUUCUUCUGGAAGGCUGCUAGAAUAGGUGAACGGUUGAGCCCAUGGGUGGCUGUUGGAUGCUUAUCAAUGGGUGUCUCCAUCAUAUUUUUCUGAGCGAUUCCAAUGGUUUCUUUGUUUUCUAGAAUAUAGAUAAAUAGGUUGCUUCUUUCUUUUUAUUUUAUUUUGGUAGAACUUUCUUGUUAACAAAAUUCCUUUGGGUAGAAAAUAUACAUCUCUUCUGUUUGCUUUGUGUGUGUAUUCUUGUACCAUGUAUCUUUCAAAGACAUGGUUGUUUUUCUAUUGACACAUUUUUUUUAUGUAAUUAUAUGGGAAAAACCGGAGGAUUUGAAUUUGAGACC